AUGGGUGAAAUGAGCGCGCUAAUGGCACGCUGUACGUUGUGCUGCUAUGUGGCUGCACGAUUGUUGUUUCAUUUCGGACAAACGGCAGAUUUGGAUGAAUUGCUGAGCAAGACGCCGUGGACAACAGAGGUCAUCGAGUGCACAGUCUCAGAUCACCCAGUCUUUCCUAUUUUUCACGGCAUAGUUGCUAAUUUCUGGACACCUCCACACCUCGCAUAG